GUGUUUGUUGAUAGUGGUUCAAUGCGUGUGCCAACCGUGCACGUCAGUGUCAGGUAUAGUGAUUCACGGACAAAAUUGGAACGGAAGCAUGGGUGUUGUCAGUUUUUAAAUAGUUCUGUGUUUCCUUGUCUUUUAUUUCGAGGGGCUGUAUAGCUCUUAAUAUAGUAAGAGGCCGAAAACUACAAAGUUUUUGUCUCGAAAGGUACUGGCCUCAACGAGCCCAACAGAAUUGUGGAAGUAUAGUGUAUACGGCAUGGAAAAUUUACUGGAACACGAGCGAACAGCUGGUGGUGUACCAAGUGUGUCACCAGAUGUGAGAAUUAACAUAGAAGGCAGAACGGAAAAUAAUCUUCCGACAAGUAAUGUGGACAAUAUUCUUUUGUCAGAAGGUGACAACAAUCGGAAUCCCGCCGGAAAACCAUCGAAAGACCUAAAUGCAGCGUUUAUUCAAAAGGAAAGUGCAACAACAGAUGCUUUAGGAAGUGCGAAAAGAAAGCGUAAUAAUAGUUCAGAAAGUUUAAGUAAUGCUGAUGAAGGGGAAGAAGAGAGUGUAGCAUCUGGACUGGAAUCAGAUAUAGAAGACAAUGAUUCUGAUUUGGACACUAAGAAAAUACCAAUACUUCCAACAUCUCUAUCAGCAUAUGACACGUCCAUUGACAAAAAUCUGCCUGAUACAGUAACAUUAUUGACAACACCUGCUGGCGCCAAAGUAUAUCUGAUUGGCACUGCACACUUCAGUGUGGAAAGUCAGGAAGAUGUCUCGAAGAUAAUAAGAGCUGUGCAGCCCCACAUCGUUCUAGUGGAAUUAUGUAGAGCACGUGUCAAUAUUUUACAGUUGGAUGAGAAGACUAUUUUAGAAGAAGCUAAAAAUAUAAAUUUUGAAAAAAUUCGGUCAACUAUUAAGCAGAAUGGCUUAUUUCAUGGACUGAUGUACAUACUGUUGUUAAGCAUGUCGGCACACUUAACAAAGCAGCUGGGAAUGGCUCCAGGUGGUGAAUUUCGACGAGCUUUUGCUGAGGCACAAAAAGUUCCACACUGCAUAUUGCACAUGGGGGACCGGCCAAUUCACAUAACCUUGCAACGUGCGCUGGCUGCCUUAUCAUGGUGGCAAACUCUCCGUUUGACGUGGCAUUUGCUUACUUCGAAGGAACCUAUCAGUAAAGAAGAGGUCGAACGUUGUAAACAACGUGAUUUGUUGGAGGAAAUGUUGGCAGAAAUGACAGGGGAAUUUCCCGCCCUUUCAACAGUGUUUGUAAAUGAGAGAGAUAUUUAUUUGACACAUUCAUUGCAGUUAGCAGCAGAUCUUCAGCAGCCAACACCUGCAGGUAUUACACCAUCACGAGUUGUAGGUGUCGUUGGCAUUGGUCAUGUGCCAGGUAUUGUACAGAAUUGGGGAAAGGUAUCUCCAGAAGACAUUCCACCAAUUAUGCGCAUUCCUCCUCCAACACUAACAAGUAGAGUCCUCAAAUUCACUGUGAAAGCCUCAGUGGUGGGUCUUGUUAUUUGGGGCUGUUCCAGAUUUGUACCUGUCCCUGGCCUAAAUUCAAUCAAGGCCAGCCUGCAGAACCUUACAAAGUGAUGAGAAGAUGGCAAUGAAGGCAAAUUAAUAGUUGUAUGAUUCUAUUUUUUUACAAAAAGCAGUGCUGAUAUUUUAAAAAUUUGUUCAUAUGAACGAAACUGUUUUAUCAACACCACACAAAGUGGCAUGUGUGUGAGAAAUGCUUCUACACAUAUUGACAAUGAAAAUUAUGAUGUUUUUAAAAUAAAUAAAGUGGACAUUUUAUGAUUA